GACAAAACCCUCACUCAUUUCAUCUCAUCUCAUCUCAUCUUCACAGCCAUGGCAUCGCUACCUUUCAAGAGGAACUACCGCUGCGUGCCGUCUCUUCAGCAGUUCUACACCGGCGGUCCCUUGGUCGUCUCAUCCGACGGCUCCUUUUUCGUCUGCGCCUGCGGAGAUUCCAUCAAGAUGGUCGAAUCCUCCAACGCCGCUAUUCGCUUCACAAUCGACGGGGGCGACUCUGAGGCCUUCACUGCUCUCGCGCUCAGCCCCGACGAUAAGCUUCUCUUCUCCUCCGGCCACAGUCGUCAGAUUAGGGUUUGGGAUCUCAACACCUUCAAGUGCGUUAGGUCCUGGAAGGGACACGAUGGUCCUGUGAUGGGAAUGGCUUGUCACCCAUCGGGGGGAUUGCUUGCGACCGGUGGAGCUGAUAGGAAAGUUCUGGUUUGGGAUGUUGAUGGAGGUUUCUGCACUCAUUACUUCAAGGCUCACAAAGGGGUUGUUUCGAGUAUUCUGUUCCAUCCCGAUCCCUCAAAACCACUUCUUUUUUCCGGAAGUGAUGAUGCAACUGUACAAGUUUGGGAUCUUUCAACUAAGAAGUGCUCUGCAACCCUGAAUGGACAUCUCUCAACGGUGACUUCUAUGGCAGUAUCUGAAGAUGGUGGGACCUUGGUCAGUACUGGACGAGAUAAGGUUGUAAUGUUAUGGGACCUUAAUGACUACAGUUGCAAGAAGACUGUAUUAACAUAUGAAGCUCUUGAAGCUGUGUGUGUUAUACAUUCUGGUUGUCCUUUUGCGUCAUGUAUUGGUUUGCAUGAUCAACAGAUUGGAAAGCGAAGUGGGUUAAAGGGAAUCUAUUUUAUAACAGUUGGUGAGCGUGGUAUCGUACGAGUAUGGAAUUCUGAAAGAGCAGUCUGCCUGUUUGAGCAAAAGUCCUCAGAUAUUACUGUUAGUUCAGACACUGAUGAAGCCAAAAGGGGUUUUACUACAGCCUUUAUGCUACCCCUAGAUCAAGGAUUGCUUUGUGUGACUGCUGAUCAGCAACUUCUUUUGUAUUCCCCAGUCAAAAGCCCUGAAGGGAUGUUGGACUUAGUCCUGAGCAAAAGACUUGUAGGGUGCAACGAAGAAAUUGUUGAUAUGAAGUUUUUAGGUGAUGACGAACAAUUUCUUGCAGUUGCUACAAAUACUGAACAGGUACGAGUGUAUGAUCUCGCAUCAAUGUCAUGUGAUUAUGUAUUGACCGGUCAUACUGAAAUUGUUCUUUGCGUCGAUACCUGUGUAUCUAGUUCUGGAAGAACGCUUAUUGUAAGUGGAAGCAAGGACAAAAGUGUUAGGUUGUGGGACUCUGAAAGCAAAAGUUGCCUUGGAGUUGGCAUAGGUCAUAUGGGUGCUGUUGGAGCAGUUGCUUUUUCAAAGAAACAGAAAGCCUUCUUUGUUAGUGGUAGUAGUGACCGUACUCUAAAGGUGUGGAGCUUGGAUGGUGUCUCAGACGAUGUGGAACAGCCUAUUAAUUUAAAAGCCAAAGCUGUUGUGGCAGCACAUGAUAAGGAUAUCAAUUCUUUAGCUAUUGCACCAAAUGAUAGUUUAGUCUGUAGUGGUUCCCAGGACCGCACUGCUUGUGUAUGGACUCUACCAGAUCUUGUAUCUGUAACAGUACUUAAAGGGCAUAAAAGGGGAAUUUGGUCUGUCGAAUUUUCUCCGGUUGAUCAAUGUGUCAUCACAGCAUCUGGGGAUAAGACAAUAAAGAUAUGGGCUAUAUCUGAUGGCUCAUGCUUGAAAACAUUUGAGGGGCAUACAUCAAGUGUCUUAAGAGCAUCAUUUCUUUCUCGUGGAACCCAAUUUGUUUCUUGUGGUGCCGAUGGUUUGGUAAAGCUCUGGACCGUCAAAACCAAUGAAUGCAUUGCUACAUAUGAUCAGCAUGAGGACAAGGUUUGGGCUUUGGCAGUAGGGAAGAAGACGGAAAUGCUGGCAACAGGUGGUGGUGAUGCUGUUUUCAAUCUGUGGUAUGAUUCUACUGCAUCUGAUAAAGAGGAAGCUUUCCGGAGGGAGGAGGAAGGGGUUCUGAAAGGUCAAGAACUUGAAAAUGCUAUUGUGGAUGCUGACUAUAAAAAAGCAAUACGAGUUGCUUUUGAGCUUCGCAGGCCACAUAAACUUUUUGAGUUAUUUGCAGAACUUUGCAGGAAGAGAGAAGCCGAAAAUCAGAUACAAAGAGCCCUUGAUGCUCUGAGCAAGGAAGAGUUCCGCUUACUUUUGGAAUAUCUUCGAGAAUGGAACACAAAACCAAAGCUUUGUCAUGUCGCACAAUUUGUGCUUUUCAGAGUCUUCAACAUCCUUGCUCCAACAGAGAUUAUUGAGAUAAAAGGCGUUGCAGAACUCCUUGAAGGGCUUUUACCAUAUUCUCAGAGGCAUUUUAGCCGAGUAGACAGGCUUGUGAGAAGUGCAUUCUUGUUGGAUUACACUCUGACAGGAAUGUCAGUUAUUGAACCAGAAACUGAGGCAAAGGAAUUGAGAGAGAAUUCUUCUCUACAAUCUGUUGUGAAUGGUGGGGAAGAGAUCCUCUCAGCAGACAAUGUGUAUAAGGCGCAAAAACAGGUACAAGAAGAAUGGUUGAAAUCAAAGACAGCCACGAAGAAACGGAAAUCAGACAAACAUAAAGAUAAAACCCCCAAGAGAGUUAAGGGCGUUGCUUACACUACCAUUGCAGCCACAUCUUAAGAGGCAUGACACACCUGAGCUAUCAUGGUAUUGACCCUCUGAUGUUCUUUUUUCAGCUCAUUGAUCGGAGCAGUCUCUCCCAUUUGACUUUCAAAUCUUGGGUGCCAUCUCGUAGAUGAAGAGGAUCUACUUAGUUAUGUAGAAAGAAAAAAAAGUACCAUCAACAAUCUCCACUCCAUUUCUUUUCUUCGAGCAUAAAUCAUUAUCUGUAUACCACAAUUUUGUAGUUGUACACUAGAUUAUAUAAUUGAAAACUAGGCAUAUUUCUAGUUGCGGCAGAUUGAGCAAUUCACCAUUUUGGCUACUUAUCCUCAAGUUUGUAUUUUUUUUAAUAUAUACUUUUUAU